CGAGCAGUAAGUCAGACCGGCAGGGGGCGACAACAUGCCCGAACUCAAUUAUUACAGCUGACAGACAAAUCACGAAGAAGUGUUUUGUUGUCAUGGCGGUGUUUUAAACUGCCUGACACUUCCUAUAAACAAAUUUUGAGUUUGGCGGCUGUUUACCAACUGACUGUCAUGUUAAAACAUAAUACCACGGAUUUACUCGUCCAUUUACUGUGUUUUCGUGUGAUAAACCAAUCCCCUUUUUUGUAAUCGAUCGGAACAGUCAGUGGAGACUUAACUGUUAGUUGCUCUAAGAAGGAUUACUCAAGCCGGUUUGGUUUAAUUUAUUAUUUCCAUAAAGACAGCUCAUAAAAAAAGAUUUUAUCAGGAUGAUUUCUGAUUUCCAAAGGGGAUCUGCUAUGACAAUUGGUGAAAUGGGCCCUGUGAACCGUGAAUGGAUUAAAAAAGAGUCUUCUGUGUCUCACAUUGCUGGUCUGCAAACACAGCUUCAGUUCAGUGACAUAGCGGCACCCAGUGUUCUUAACCGAGCCACCCGUGUGGGACCCCCUUCUCCCAUCGUGAUAGAGAAACUUAUACCCCGUACAGAAAGGCAGGAUGAUAUGGAGAGCUGCAGCAGCUCCUUGCGCCUCUCAGUCCUCUCAGAAGAGCGGCUGCAGGCUGCCAUCAGACUCGCCAAGAGAGAUCUGCGUAGGAAACGACAGGAAUCCAUCAGCCAUAACUCACUUGAACCAGUGGAAAGAUCCCAGAUUAUCAGCCCUGAAAGAAGCAACACAGAAUGCAGUCCUCAUGUGGUCUACCCAAAGAUGUCAGGUCCAAAGAAGCAAAUAAAAAACGGUCAUCAGGUGCUUGUUUAUACUCCUCAGGAGCCCAACAGCCAACUUAAACAGGGCCAGACGCCCACCAAAGACCUUGACCCGAGAGUCAACAACGAUGAACCUCAGCUCAGCCAGGAGAUCCGUAAAUUACAGAAGGAACUGAGCACAUAUGUUCAAAGGAUAGAGCAGUUGGCUAAUAAAGGACGUGUGGUGGAGGUUCUGGAGCCUGAUGAGAAGCACAGGGUGGAGAUUCGGCGGCAGGAGCAGGCAGCCCGUUCCGCACGUAUCAUCUAUGUGUUACAACAGCAGAUUAAAGAAAUACAGGAGGAUCUAGACAAGCUGCGUUCCCAGAAUGUCAAACACAGCAAAAAGUCCAGGGCAAUGGACAGGCUGGCUGCUGCUCAUCGGGGAGCUGUAAGAGCCAUGCAGGUUUUUAUCAACCAGCUGUCAGACCCCACAGAGAGCAGAGUGCCCACCCACUGCAAAGAGCUAGGUCAGCUGAUUCGCCAGCUCUCUCUCUGUUCAGCCAAAGUACAGGUGGGACAAGGAUCUGCCGUACCAGAGACAGCCCUCGACAUCCUGCAGAAAUUAGAGACACUUGACUCAGCACUGAGUAAGCAGGAGGCACCCAGGAAAAGAGACAUAGAUUUGCAGAUUGUCAACCCAGUGGAAAAGACUUCGACCUGGGUCAGGGCCCGCAGCAUGUCCCCUCCCCGUCCUGCCAGAGACCCAGCUGAGAGGACCUCACGAAGACCCCGAAAGCCAGCUGCUGCAAAAAAGCCUGGUGGCAGCAGACUGGCAGGGAAAUCCCACCGGACCUCACAGGCAUUGGUGAAGGAGCGCAAUGAAGUUCUGAAGGCGGGGCUAGAGAGCCUCAUACAUAAUGAAAAACUCAGAGAGGCUGAAGCACAGAAACCCAACAAAACUACCAGUGCCAUCAACCAAGACCAUAUUAAGCAGGCAGGUCAUCUUCGUGAUGCCAGCUUCCAGCAGCCCACUGUCUCAUCCCGACUGAGGGAAAACCAGGUACCCCAGAAAGAGGCCACUGUGCCUUGGAUGCCAACAUCUCCUCACUCUCCUCCUCGCCCACGGUGUAGUGCUGUGUCUAGCCGGCCGGAGCCGAGAUGUCUGUUCUCACCUCAAAAGAGCCCUGUAAAGCAGAAGCCACAGACCAAUUCCAGUACACAGCUCAGCCCUUCAACACAUGAUAGGAAACAAGCCCAAAAUGAAGCCCUCAGGCAAGCCUGGUUGGACCGGGUGACUGCAGACAGACUGCAAGAACUGAAUCGUCUGAGUAAAGAAGAGGCUGACCACAUUAACAAACUCCGGACCACAGUGGGCUCUCCGACACAAUGGGCGGAAAAAGCUGAGCGUGCCGCUAAAGAGAGAAUUCAACCUUUGUUGGAUCGAGCACAGGUGGUUGAAGCAGGAAGUCACACUCUCAGAGAGCGGCUGAAGGUUGCAGAUAAGCCUGGGGCCAGGGCAGAUGUCCUAAGUGAUGCUCUUCUGGAGGAUCUUCUGGAGGACGCAGCUCAAGCUCUGUGGGUGACUGAGAGGCAGCAAGUGGCCGAGACUGAUGCUGAGAGGCAGCUGCAGGGUCCCACGUUAGAGAGCAUGUUGCUGAGGAUGGAGGAGAUGGAGAGAGACCAGGAAGAUGUGCGUCGACGCUUUGCUAUGAUCUCAUACUCAGACCCUCUCAUUUGGGAAAAAGGCACAGACGCUCCGAGGAAUAUUUCUAGCUCCAGGCCAGCCUCUCCUCGGCCAAUCCGACUGACGAAACCAAUCCUGAAUGCACCCGGCACGGCCGACAUCCUCCUGCAAAAGCCAGUGGAGACUGGGGCUGCAUCAGACACGUCGAUGAUAGAUGAGGAGUGUUUAACUCUAAAUGACCCCAGUCAUCCAGUCUCGGCCGCAGGGGAAAGCACACUAGGGGCUUACCUGACUGUGCCGCCCAGCAUGCAGAGGAGUAUCCAGAAAUACAGGGAGAACCAUGAUGCCUUCCUGCGCCUGGUCUCACAUGAGGCUCUGGGGAGCUUCAACCCCUGGGCAAUAGCAGACAGUCUGGCUGAUGAGCUAAUGGCCGAGGCACUGGCUGAUGUGGCGGCAGAGUUCCAGGAUGUUUGUGAAGAGUAUGCAGAAGCUGUUUUUACUUCAGAGUUCCUCCUGCCUGUCCAGUCUCCCACUACAUCAGUGUCAUAGAAACUCCUCAAAAAAGAACAAUUAUAAGAAAUGACAUUUUGAAAUGUUUUUGGAAAUGAAAUUGUAAUAUCCAGGUUUAUAUAUUUGUAUGUUUUUUUUUCUCCAUGAAUUACAUUUUCAUGCAUUAAAUAUAGAACCUGCUGGUUAGAGCUAGUUUUUUUUCAGACCGGCAUUUUUGCUGUAAUGCGAAACCUUAGUGGGCGGUCUGACUUCUAAAUGCAAGCAGAUGCUUUUAAGCACACGGCUAACAAAUGUCACAUCAGUGUGUCAUAAUCCAUGCAUCCUUCAUUGUGCAUUAGUCAAUGCAGUAGUUAGUUGCUACUCAGCAUAGACAAAAGCCUUAAAACAACCUCUACAUUAUUAAUGCAUAGCAAAUGAUAAGAUUUACACUGUUAUCCAUAAAUAGUAAAUACCUCACACUAGAGGAUCACUCACUUUCAUCUUAAAUAAGCAUUAUUUAAGGCAUUAAUGCUACACAAACUUGUUGCUUUGUGGACUGAUAUCACAUACUCUAAGCAUAUGCUUUGUUUCUCUAUGCUAAUUGUUUUUAAGUUCACUAAGCUCUCCAUAUGUUGCCUGUGAUCCCCAGUGUGACUGGAGGUAUUUAGAGAAUAUGUAUAGUUUAUGUGUCAGGGCCUGAGGGGAGAAUGGCCUCCAGUUGAAUCCAGAUGUUGGGCAGGUACAGUAUGCUGGGAAUGUGCUCGGACAGGACACACAGGCCCUGAGUGCACUAGUCUUUACAAAUAUUGUUUCCAUAGGGACUGUGUGUAGAAAUGUACACGCCUACAGCUCUUAUAUAACCAAGUAAGGCUAUAAUAAUCAGAAAGUGUGUAGUUUAGACAUCUAAAAUGAGGGCCUGUGUCUUUUGAGGGCUUUGUGUGGUUUGAAAAGUAUCAGUUGUGCCAUUACUGUUUAAUUCUAAUGUAGUGAGCGGAGUUUAGGGAACAUUUCUUAUCCUGUCGAGCUGUAGUUUGAACCCCCAGAUGUGAGUCACGAGUUUCUUCCAUUUCUGUUCACCAACCUACUUAUUUGUGAAAAGUGCCAAAAGCAAACUAAUAGCACGAAUAACUGCAUUUGCUGGGAAAUUUCAGGUUUUGUGCCAUGAGCAGCAUGAAUGCUGUGACUCUACAGGAAAAUAGUCACCAGUUUGGCAUGGACUUGUUCUUGAUUGUGUGUUUAUUGCUGGUGAAAGACACCUGCUGAAUUUGAAUUGUAUUUAUAAUCAUGUUUUAAUUUAUAAUGAAAAUAAAUCUUUCUUUCAAGCAUA